UUCAAUACAAGACUUUUCAGAGAAGGAUCAGUGAUUCAUAAUGUCUCUGGUCGGAGAUUUAUUAUCGGAUCUCGGAGCUGAGAACGGAGCAGAUCACAACCAGUCCAGUAGUAACCAUCCUAUUUUAAACAGUUCGCUCCAGGUGGAGGCUGAAUCCGACCUCGAGGAUUUAGAACUCAGUUUAAGAGCUUUGGAAAAACUUGAUAGAUCCUCUCCAGAUCUAUGGCCGGAGCAGAUACCUGGAGUAAACCAGUUCAUUCCAGCUACUCCAACAACCAAUCAAUCCUCACCUAGUCAGCCUGGAGAAUGGUUACAAGGGUUGACUAAGGAUGAUAUGGAACUAUUAAUGCAGCUUGGAACCCUGUCUGUUCCCGAUAUACUAAACGAAGUUAGAAAACUACAGAACCUGGCUUACCAGCUGGGACAGGAGGAGUCAAAGGAAAUGACAAGAGGGAAGUACCUGAAUAUUCUGAGGAGAAGGCACAACACGUAGCAUUUCCUUAAAUUAUUAAUCGUUUAUUCUAUGAAUGAAUUGUUUAUUAAUUUCUCUCCAGUGUUUAUUUAACUAUUAUCAUUACUACUACUACUAGAUUUUUUAAAUACUGUCUGUUAACAUUGUUAGUGAUAUCAAAAAACUUUUUUUUGUAUUGUGAACCAGAAAAAUCCGUGUUUGAAACUCAAUACCGUCAAAAAUACGUUUGACCUUGUAUGUAUUUCAGA